AUGUGGGCAGAAGAGUAUCGACCGCUGGAGAAGAAAGCAAAGCAUGUAUCCAUGGUCUGGGGAACACCGGGGGUAAUGAAAGAGUAUGCAGAGACAAUGGCCAUCGAAGCGAACGUAGUCUUUGAUGAUGUUCAGAAGAUGGGUGAUCCACGCGAACUGCUUGCCCAAGCAUACUUCGACCAUGCUCCAGAAGCUGUUGCGCUAGUUGAAAGCAAAACAUGCGCACUCAUCAGCUGCAAUCGCAAGUUUCAGAAUACUGUUGGGCCAUCCAAGACUCUUUUGGGGCUGGACUUCGUGGAAAACUGCAUUCAGACCGAGGAGAGAACGCGCUUCAAGAUUGCUCUUGAGAAUGUCAUCCAAGAUAAACCAGUCUCUGACAUCUCAGGAGACGCGUCUGAUCUCGAAGAGUGGAAGCAAACUCCCACGAUCAGGGACUGCUCGACGCUCGUGCUCGGUCGAACGAAUGACUUUCCGAUCUGGAGAAGGUACGACUGGACCCUCUCCAAGUUCGACGACAAGCACGUCAUAAUGUCGGGUAGGAUGUCCAUUAUGGACCCAGCUUCAGCGAGGUUUGCCCUGCUCGUGCUCAACCCGUUUGCUGACUCUCUCUUGACUUGUAGCGUGGCGCAUGAAAACACCGGGCAGCCCUCUGAGAGAGAGCUGCUGGACUUCUUGAACAAGGCUCCUAUCGCUAUGCACUGGCUGAGUGGAACCGGCCACGUGCUCUGGGCCAACGAGACCGAGCUCAACAUCCUCGGAUACACUGCUGAAGUGAACGAGAGCGGUCGGGAAUUCUGGAGGCCGAUCAUGAACUUCUGCCCCGAUGAGAAGGAGCUUGUCCUCGAGAUCUUCAAGACUCUCGGAUCUGGCAACACGAUCAAGGAUGUGCCUGUGCGCUUUCGUGACAAGAAGGGGAAAAUCAGGGAUUUGCUUAUCGACUCCAAUGUCAACUGGAACCCCGACGGCACGUUCAAGCACACUCGAUGCUUCAUCCGCGAUGAUACUGGAAGAAAGAUCCGUGAGGAGCGAUUGAGGGUGACUAGGGAGAAGGAGCAGCAGCUCGCCAAGGCAAAGGACAUCUUUGUACGGAAGACCUUCCACGAGAUUAGAACACCCUGCCACAUCCUCUGGAACCACGUUGCCAUCCUGGAAGAGCAGAUGAAGGAGAUGAAACUUGCCACAAGCUUCACUGAGGCGUUCGGCGUUGCGAAGCUGCAGACGAACAGAUUGUUGAGAAUCGCCAAUGAUGCCGCUGACGUCACCAUGUUCGAGAUGGGCAAGGUACCUGUCCUCAAGGUGAACCCCUUCAGCAUCAAGGAGACCAUUGCCGAUAUCUGCUCUGAGCUUGAAGAGCACGGGCUAUCGCAGGACGUCGUGUGCUCCGUCGUGCUGGGUGAGAAGGAAGGAGAAGCGGUCCCCUUCUCGCAAGUUUCCAAGGCAGCAUUCAAGCCAGACAAGAUCCCCGACUCAGUGAUGGGAGACGCCAGGCAUCUGAAGCGCGUCCUCCACCACCUCCUCGAGAACUCGAUCCGCGUUACCUCCAAGGGCUCCAUCAAGCUCACCGUUGGCUUCUGGCCUGCAUCGCAGGACAUGCCGAACCGCUACUGCUUCACCGUGACCGACACUGGUCCUGGUAUCGAGGAGCUCAAAGUGCAGGAAUGCUUCCACAAGGCCAUGCGGCACAUCGUGGCGGAGGCAAGGGAGACAGCAGAAGUGAAUCUUCCUCCUGCCGUCGGGAUCUCCAACGAGCUCAAGAGGAGGCCGCACGUGCUCAUCGUCGAUGACAACAGACUUGAAGUGCACUACGGAAGUCGCUUCCCACGGGCUCCAGGCGUUCAUGUUCGUCUGCUCCUCGGCCAGAGACGGUCGAUGCUGACGCCUCCUGCCCUCCCCAGGAUCGUCAAGGAGAACCCCAGCUGCUUCGACAUGAUCCUUAUGGAUCUUCGUAUGCCCGUCAUGGAUGGUGUUGAGGCGACGAGGAAGAUCCGGCAGGAGCUGCAGUCUGACAUCCCCAUCGUUGCCUUCACUGCUGAGGGGGAGCAGAUGAUGGAACAAGAAGUUUUGAACGAGAGCGGCUUCAACAGCAUCAUCAACAAGCCUGCGACCAAGGGAAUCUUGUCGUCACAUCUCUUCAACCUCGUCAUCAACAAGACGGGUUCCCUACUCACCAGCCUGAUGCAAGAGAAGAAGCCGGAGGAGCCGAAGCAACCUGAAGAUAAGGCGUCACGCAAGGUCAAGUGCCUCAUUGUUGAAGACAACACCAUCUGCCAGAAAGUUGCAAAGAAGAUGCUGGAGAAGAUGGGAUGCGUUUGUGAGUGUGCAGACAACGGAGCGAUCGCCAUCGACCUUCUCAAUGCCGACCCCAAGCGAGCAGACUUCAUCUUGAUGGACCUUCGCAUGCCCGUCAUGGACGGGUUUGAGGCGACGCAAAAGAUCCGCAAGGAGCUGAACAGGUCGGAGCUGCCGGUGGUGGCGCUGACGGCUGAGGUGGUUGAUGACUCGCAAAUGGAACUCUUUCACGGCGUUCUCAACAAGCCGGCUGAUGUCAAAGUGCUCAAGGCAGAGAUCGCCAAGCACAUUCCUUGGUUCUAG